CACAUAACACAUCCUUCUUCUCAUUUUCAGCCUUUCACAACCUUUUAGCCUUUCUCUUUGUUCCUUCCAACCAGCUUUUUUCCUUGUCUACUUAUAUGGCUAACGACCAGAUGAAGCCCAUUGCCACCCUUCUUUUGGGGCUCAACUUCUGCAUGUAUGUCAUAGUUUUAGGCAUUGGUGGAUGGGCCAUGAACAGAGCCAUAGAUCAUGGCUUUGUCAUAGGCCCAGGAUUUGAUCUACCUGCUCAUUUUUCACCCAUAUACUUCCCAAUGGGAAAUGCUGCCACUGGAUUCUUUGUAACGUUUGCUUUGAUUGCUGGAGUUGCUGGCGUUGGAUCAUUAAUUACAGGAGUCAAUCAUGUCCGUUCAUGGACUUCCGAGAGCUUACCAUCUGCAGCUUCAGUGGCUUCCAUUGCAUGGGCUCUCACUGUUCUUGCCAUGGGUUUCGCCUGCAAAGAGAUCCAGCUUAACGUCAGAAAUUCUCGCCUGAAAACAAUGGAGGCUUUUAUGAUUAUCCUUUCUGCUACACAGCUUUUUUACAUAGCUGCUAUCCAUGGUGCUGCUUCAAUCAGGAGAUAAAUUUGAAAGUAUUGACGUGAAGUUGUGGUUUUCAUUGUUUAUUUAUUAUUUUUCUCCCCUCUGCUUUUCUUAAUUACCUCUUAUUUAUUUAUUUUUUUCUUUUCAAACUGGUGUGAUUAUUAAUUACAUGAAUGGAUUUGUAUUGAGAAAGAAUAAGUUGUGUACAAAAGUAAA